AUGCCUUUCCUAAAGCUUAGUAUCAUUAUUUUUCUUUUUCUGUCCAUAUGCCCUAUUCCGUUUUUUCUUCUUUCUUUUUUCUUUCAUGCUUACUUUCUUUCUUUUUCCUUUCUUCUUUUUUAUUUCUUCUUUCUUUCUUGGUUACUUUCUUUUUCUUGCUUUUUUUCUUGCUUACUUUCUUUCUUUCUUUUUUCUUUCUGGUUUACCUUCUUUCUUUUUUCAUUCUCCUUUUCUUUCUUUUUUUCUUUCAUUCUUUCUUGCGUACUUUCUUUUUUUCUUUCUUUUUUUCUGGCUUUCUUUUUCUUUCUUUCUUUUUUUCUUUCUAUUCAUGCUUUCUUCUUUCUUCUUUCUUUCUUCUUUCUUCUUUCUUUAUCUCUUUCUUUCUGUCUUUAUUUUUCUUUUUUUCUUUCAUUCUUUCUCGCAUACUUUCUUUUUUCUUUCUUUCUUUUUCUUUCUUUUUUUUUCUUUCUUUCUGGUUUUCUUUUUCUUUCUUUCUUUCUUUCUGUUCAUGCUUUCUUUCUUUCUUCUUUCUUUCUUUUUUACUUUUAUCUUCCUUUCUCUUUCUUUCUUCCUUUAUUUCUUUUUUCUUUCAUUCUAUUUUCUUUCUUGCGUAAUUUAAUUUCACUUUCUUUCUUGUUUCUUUCUUUUUUUUUUUUCUUUCAUUUUCGUGCUUACUUUCUUUUUCUUACUUUCUUUUUUUCUUUCUUUCUUUCUUUCUUUCUUUCUUAUUACUUCUUUUUUCUUUCUGGCUUAUUUCUUUCUUUUGAUUUCAUUUCAUUUUCCUUCUUUUUUCUUUCUUUCAUUUUCUUCUUUUCUUUCUUUUUAUUUCAUUCUGUUUUCUUGCCUAAUUUUUUUUCUUUCUUCUUUCGUUCUUUCUUUUUCCUUUCUUUCUUUUUUCUUUCUUGCUUACUUUCUUUUGUCUUUUUAUUCUUUCUUUCUCUAAAUAUUCAGAUAUCAUCGUCCAUUAAAUGUAACUUUGUGAUUUUACGCUUUUCUCUUGUAAAUGUUUUUUUAAGACGAUAUUCUUUCUUUCAUAAUUUUCUUUCACCCUGUGUCCACAUAAAAUAA